AUGUUAACAACGCUAGCAGCUGCUUUCCGGGUUCUGACGGCUUCUCUUCCUCUGCCCUGUGACUCCUUUGCUGCCACCUUUGCUCCAGAGCUUGGCAGGAUAAUUAUUCUUCCCUUUUAUUUGAAUGCAGAUGAUGGGAAGCUGUCAUUUGAGGAGUUCAAGAACUAUUUCUCUGAUGGCAUCCUGAGCUCGGAGGAGCUGUGGGAGUUGUUCAGUGGCAUUGACAGGCGUCACUCAGACAACGUGGACACGGAGAAGUUGUGUGAUUAUUUCUCGGCGUACCUGGGGGAAUACAGGAAUGUGCUCUCUGCCCUGGAAACCCUCAACGCUGCAGUGCUGGCAGCCAUGGACAAAACCAAGCUGAGGUACGAGACCUCCUCAAAGAUGGAGCAGUUCCUGACCCGGUUCCUGCUGCGGGAAACCAUGCACCAGCUGCAGUCCCUGCAGGCAUCCCUCGAGUGCGCCGUGGACACCGUGGAGGAGCAGGCGGGACGGGAGAGAAAGGAGAUCAAGAAAUCUGAGACUUCUGUUGGCCUGAGGUCAGGGAGGCGAUGUGGGCGCAGGGGACAGAAGAAUGUCUGCCUGUCCCCAACAGACCCCUACUCUGGGAUGCUGACAACAGGUGUUCGUGUCGAGGACAACAGCCAGUGGAUGGCUCAGAUCAACAGGCUCCAGCAGCUCAUCGAGAAGCUGGAGUGCAAGAGCCCACGCCUGGAGCCGCUGAAGGAGGAAUCCCUGUGCAAAGGCCAGGAUGCUCACAUCCUGGUGGCCAAGAGGCAGAUCUCGGUGGCCACGAGCAGCAUCGAGGAGUUCCGGCAGGCGUUCCGCUCCUACACCGAGGGCACGGCCGGGCACAGCAGCUGCCUGCAUGUCUCUGCCUGCAAGCUGACGGACGAGGCCUGCUUCAUCCUGUACGAGUUCUGGCAGGACGUGACCUCGUGGAGAAGCCACUUGCAGUCCAGCUGCAGCAAGACUUUCCAGCAGUCCAUCCUCAGCUUGCUGGAGUCCCCAGAGCUGCUGACCACCAUGCUCUUCCCAGCUUCCUGGUGGAUCAUGAACAACAACUGACCCGGGGCAGCCGUCUCCAGGACACCAUCAGCAUGCGGGAGGACAUGGAGCCCCGGGCACAGCCGUCACCUUUGUCACCUCCCUGUCCCUCCAUUCCCUCCUGUGGCCAGCGGGGGCUGCCUGCCCUCGGCCCUGCCGGUGUUUCACUCCUUUGCUCUUUUCAUGUCAAUUUAUUUAUUUAUCCUGCUCCUAAGACAGUGUCUGAGCCGAGUGUGGGGGUGGCAGCCUGGCCCUGGGUGGGGCACUGGGCUGGUGCUGCAAGCCAGGAGCCCUCAGUCCCUCUUGCUCUCAGCUCCUCUUCCUCCUGGCUCUGAGGCUGCCCAGGGGCUGGGAUGGGCAGGGGACACGGCCCUGGCCAGCUGUGACAUCCUGCCCGGGCAGCCAGGUGCCUGAUACGGAUUGUGAAGAGCGUUUUGUAGGGAAAAAAUAUUUCAUGAAGGGAUUCUGGCAAGCUGCAGCUGAUCCUGGCCUGCCACGCUGGCAGCACGUGCUGUGGCUUUGGGACUGGCUUUGUGCCCCAGCAGCUGUGCCCGUGGCUGAAGCUGUCCCCAGCACAUCCCA